AUGAAUGGCCCUUGGAUGAUACAGGGUGAUUUCAAUGCUGUUUUAACUGAUAAUGAUAGAUGUGGUGGUUCUGACAUAGACAAUAAUCAUGCCAGAGAGCUUAAAGAUUGCAUGAAUGACUCUAAUCUGGGAGAAAUGAGAAGUAUAGGUUGUUCCUAUUCUUGGAGUAAUAACCAAAUAGAUAACAACAAAAUUUGUAGAAGGCUAGACAGAGCUUUUAUCAAUGAGAACUGGCAGGAUGGUUUCCAGAAUUCCUAUUUUGAAGCUCUUCCUAAUGGGAUAUCUGACUAUAGUCCCAUCCUGGUGAACAUGCUGGAGGACAAUCACUUGAACAAAAAUAACUUCAAAUAUCUUAGUUUAUGGUCUUAUAAUCCAGAGCAUAACAAAAUUAUGGAGGAGGAAUGGAAGAAAGAGUAUCAGGGAUAUGCCUUCUACAAAAUCUCUCAGAAGUUAAAGUGUAUUAAAAGGAGAUUUAUCAUGAUGAACAAGCAACAUUAUUCUGGUAUAUCUCUUAGGGUCAAAAACUAUAAGGAUCUUAUUGAGAGGGCCCGAAAAGAUCUGCAGCUUGAUCCAAUGAACAAUAUUUUGCUUGAGGAGGAGAGAGUUAUUUAUAUCCACCUGAGAGGCCUUAUGAUUUGUGAAGAAAGUUUCUAUAAGCAAAAAUCCAGAGUUCAGUGGCUUAAUUUGGGGGACUCCAACACCAAAUUUUUCCACAACUCCAUUAAGCAGAGAAGAAGUAGAAACAACAUUGCUAUGAUCAAGCUUGAUAAUGGGGAGAUUAUUAAUAAUAGAGAUAAGAUUCAUGAAGAAAUGAAAAAGUUUUAUAAAAACAUGUUUAGCAAAAGGGAUGGGAACAUAAGCCAUAUUUAA